UCACGAACUGAUUCGAUACCUACCUCUACGAGCGGACCGACGCAUUCCCCGGUCGAUUGAUAUACCAGUCAGUGCCUUGGUGCCAACCCCACCAAGCCAACCUUGACGUUUCACCACCUACGAAGCCCGUCGGAACAUCGAGACACCGACGCCAACCAUGGGUCUGCGAGACUUUCUAAAGAAAAAGGACGAGCUGGACCACGGUGAACCUGCCGACCAGGCCACCGUCGACAGGCUCAACGCCCCAGAGUUCACCUUCAUCCGCUCCGACACGUCGACCCAGGAGCAAAUAUACCCACCCGGCACUUUCAAGCAAGAACCCAAGUACGACGAUGGCAACCUGCUCUCACCGAAGGAGCCCAGCAAGGCACGCCGCAGCCUCGACGUCUUUCGCUCCAGCCGCUCACGCAGCGCCUCCGUCUCCUCCCAGGGGAGCCACAGCUCGAAUCCCAAGGAGAGCCGCCGGCUGUCGCACCGCCUCCAUCUCACCAAGGCGCCAGAGUCGUCCCAGAGCGUCCCCACGAACCUGCCCGACAUCGUAGCCCCGGCCAACCCCGAGGACAAGGAUGCAGCCGAGUCGCAGUGGGAGAAACGCGCGACCAUGCUAGCGAGCCAGAACGACAUGGCUCGCAGCAGGCCGGCCUCUCCAGUGCCGCCGACGGACGGCGUUUCACAGACGGGGCUCGGCGGGCAACAACCACCCCGGAAGAGAAGUCCUUCAGUUGGACCAGUUUCGUCCAAGACGAUCGACGAAGAUAUCCAGGAGGCCAUUCGCCUGCACGAGGAGGGAGAUCUGGAGAGGUCGACUCGCCUGUUUGGGAAACUAGCGGAUCCGCGGGGGGCUAAUAACCCACUGAGCCAAGUCCUAUACGGUCUCGCUUUGAGGCACGGAUGGGGCUGCGCGCCAGACCCAGCGGGCGCCGUCAACUACCUGUCGGCGGCUGCCUCAAACUCGGCCUCGAUUGAGCAGAUGGCUCUCCAAGCCGGCAUGAAGAAGGGCGGAGCCGCCAAGGGAGAGUUGGUCCUGGCCAUUUUCGAGCUGGCCAACUGCUUCCGCCAUGGCUGGGGAAUCCCCAAGGAUCCAUAUGCCGCUAAGCAGUACUAUGAGACUGCGGCAAACUUGGGAGAUACAGACGCCAUGAACGAGAUUGCUUGGUGCUAUCUGGAGGGCUUUGGAUGCAAGAAAGACAAGUUCGCAUCAGCCCGGUACUAUCGACUGGCUGAAAAGGCCGGCAACAAAACGCUAGGGAAUUCUUGGAUCUGGAAGGAGAAGUACGACCCGCCAGGCGAGGGCAGCAGCCGCAAGUAGUGCAACCCAACAACUCGUGCCACUGAAUCGCAAUGGGUAACUGGACAAUGGGCGCGGCCGUCUAUACACCGGCUACUGGCCGAAGCGGGCGAGAUCUCGAUGGGGCGAAAACGCUGGCCGUGCCGCCGGAGGUUUUCGCCACGGGACCUAGUCCUACCUCUCAGACAGCUACGGGA